UUUUCGAGGAAAGAAAGAAAAAAAUUAAGUGGACAACAGUACAACAAUCCCUUUUCCGUUUGAUAGGGACAACCAGAGCAAUUCGCUUACUAGAAAACAGAAAAAGCAUUACGAUGUGAGAUUAUAGAGAGAGAUAGUUAUGAAACAUUUAUAGUGGGCCAAUCAGAGAAACAAAUCCACCCUCAGAGAACUCUCAGUUGAGUAUUUUAAGGGAUAUAGGACUUUCUUCUUCUUGAUUUGCGUUUUUUUUUUUUUUAAACUCAGGAAAGAAAUUAAUAGCAUAAAAAUGGCCGGUUCUCAAUCUGUGCAGCCGCAGUUCAUUGCAAGCACUGGAAAUGGGAGUUUUUCUAAUGCACCCCUUAUUGAAAAUUCUGAUGUUGAUCAAAUAAUUGUUCCUGAUAGAAAAAGCUGGAAAAACCUGUUUGCAUAUAUGGGUCCAGGGUUUCUUGUUUCUAUUGCAUAUAUAGAUCCUGGAAAUUUUGAAACUGACCUACAGGCAGGAGCACAAUACAAGUAUGGGUUACUGUGGAUCAUAUUAGUGGCCUCAUGUGCUGCUCUUGUUAUUCAAUCUCUAGCAGCCAAUUUGGGUGUUGUCACAGGAAAGCAUUUAGCAGAACACUGUAAAGCUGAAUAUCCUAGGGUGCCAAACUUCAUCCUUUGGAUUCUUGCUGAAAUUGCUAUUGUUGCAUGUGAUAUUCCUGAAGUGAUUGGUACAGCCUUUGCAUUGAACAUGCUCUUCAGGAUUCCAAUUUGGAUUGGUGUUCUUCUGACUGGGCUUAGUACACUAGUUCUUCUAGCAUUGCAACGAUAUGGGGUCCGGAAGCUUGAAUUCUUGAUUGCUUUUCUCGUAUUCACAAUUGCUGUAUGCUUUUUCGUGGAGCUUGGCUAUGCAAAGCCUGCUGCUAAUGAAGUUUUAUAUGGGCUUUUUGUUCCCCAACUUAAGGGAGAUGGUGCUACUGGCCUUGCAAUUUCACUUCUUGGUGCCAUGGUUAUGCCGCACAAUCUCUUCCUCCAUUCAGCAUUGGUGCUUUCCAGGAAAAUCCCUCGAUCUGUCCGUGGUAUCAAGGAGGCUUGCAGAUAUUACUUAAUAGAAAGUGCCUUUGCUCUCGCAGUGGCCUUUCUCAUUAAUGUGUCCGUUAUUUCUGUUAGUGGUGCUGUUUGCAAUUCCUCAAAUUUAAAUGCUGAAGAUCAGUCAAACUGCAAGGACUUGGACUUGAACAAGGCUUCAUUUUUGCUUAAAAAUGUUUUAGGCAGUUGGAGUUCAAAACUUUUUGCAAUUGCUUUGCUGGCAUCAGGUCAGAGUUCUACCAUAACAGGGACUUAUGCAGGGCAGUAUGUCAUGCAGGGUUUUUUGGAUCUACGAUUGACACCAUGGAUACGAAACUUUCUAACUCGAUGCUUGGCAAUAGUCCCUAGUUUAAUUGUUGCACUCAUUGGUGGCUCUAGUGGGGCUGGAAAACUAAUUAUUAUUGCAUCGAUGAUUCUAUCAUUUGAGCUCCCUUUUGCUCUUAUUCCACUUCUUAAAUUCACUAGCUGCAAAACCAAGAUGGGGAUGUACGCCAACUCAACUACGAUUUCAGCCCUAACUUGGCUUGUUGGUUCCUUAAUCAUGUCAAUAAAUGUAUACUUCCUCGCAACUGGCUUCAUCAAGCUUCUUCUUCAUGGCCAUUUAAAAGUUGUUGCUGCUGUCUUUCUUGGUAUAUUUGGAUUUUCAGCUAUGGCAUUAUAUCUGGCCGCAAUUGCAUACUUAAUAUUUCGUAAAAACAAGGGAGCUACUCCUCUUUUGGCACUAACAACACCGGAAGCUCGAGAAAUGGCUAUCGGGUGUGGUGAUACAUCGGUGCAUGAUCUCCCUAGAGAAGACAUUGUAAAUAUGCAGUUACCUCAAACAAGGUCUACAGAAGAUGUUUUCUAGUAAUUGGUAGGGUAAGUCUGAUCUUAGGAAGGCAAAUUCUCCAGGAACCCUUUCCGAUUUUGCUGAUCAAAAUAAUAAGUUUUGGUGCAAACCUUUUUCUUUCCUUGUCAUGGGUUUCUUAAGCUUAUGGAAUCAUGCAUGGAACAAAAAUCAGAAAAUUCGUUUCUAAGGUUUGUUAAUCCAAGCUUUGUUUAGUCUCUAUCCACAUCUGACUUUAGCUUGAGGCUUUUCUUAUGCAAUAUAUGUUUAUUACAUUUGGAAAAUAAUUUCACUAA